UGUCGAACGCUGACAAUGGAGUCCUUCUUGAGAAACCUCACCAAACAAGUUACUUGUUCGAUUUGUCUCGAGACCUUCAAAGAACCGAAAAUUAUAUCGUGUUUUCAUACGUUUUGCUGUGAGUGUUUGGAAAAACACGCAAGAGUGAGCCAAAGACAUGGAAGAUUUCGAUGCCCCGAGUGUCAGGCAGAAAUCCACCUGCCACAAGGAAAUCGCUUCGAAGCGUUGCCAACCAGUUUUCUUCACAACAGUUUGUUGAAUAUCCUUGCCGUUCGACAAAGUGGCGAUGGAACAAACAUCACUUGUGGCAACUGUAACAAGACCAGCUCCAAUGUCCAUUACUGCUUUGAUUGUGCUCGAUUUAUGUGCUCUCAAUGUCUGAACGCACAUAAAAUUAUGCGCGACGCAUUCGAAGGACACAAAGUGAUGCCUGUUAAAGACUUCCAAGAUCAAGACUACGAAGCUUUGUUUAAGCGACAGCCCUUUUGCACCGAGAAGAAUCACGAGAAAGAGAUGACGAGAUUUUACUGCCUUCAGUGUCAGUGUUGUGUCUGCCAUCUUUGCAACGUGACGAAUCAUAAAAGCCAUGAAGUUAUUUUGCUCGACGAUGCGGCGGACAACGAGAAAGGAAAUAUCAUGGCGGGUGCUUUAAUGAGUCGAACAAGGGAAAACCAUUUGAAGGCAAAGAUUCGACAGUUUCACCGCACAGCUUCUGAGUUGCGAGACAAUGCCCAACUCGCUAAACGCGAAGUUUCGCAAGCAGCAGAGCAGAAGAUCGCAGAGAUUCGAGAGCGCGAGCGACAAGCCACUGAAUCAAUCGAGACAACGUGCAAUCUUUGA